CCCUGGGAGGUGGGGCAGGAGGCUCAGGGCAGAGGGACUCAGAUUGGACCUCUCCGCUCGGGCCAGCCAACACCUCCACUGAUGGGGAACAGCCACUGUGUCCCCCAGGCCCCUAGGAGGCUCCGGGCCUCCUUUUCCAGAAAGCCCUCUCUGAAGGCAACUCGAGAGGAUGGCACGAGGAAGCUAACUGGCCUGUUUGGCUCGGAGGCCAGCCCCCACCAGGACACCACUGCCAACAAGAUCUUCUACUACGUCCCUGGGACGCUCUGGUGCCCACAGGACGUCUCAGGCCUGGAGCGCCAGCGAGAAGGCCUGGAGCAGCCGUUCCUGAGCGUGUUCAAGACAGGGCGGUGGAGGGUGCCCGUGAGGAACCUGGGCAAGGUUGUGCACUAUGCCAAGGUGCAGCUGCGUUUCCAGCACAGCCAGGACACCAGCGACUGCUACCUGGAGCUGUUCCCCUCCCACCUCUACUUCCAGGCCCAUGGUUCAGAAGGACUGACUUUCCAGGGGCUGUUACCACUGGCGGAGCUGAGUGUCUGCCGGCUCGAGGGGUCUCGAGAGCAUGCCUUCCAGAUCACAGGCCCGCUGCCUGCCCCUCUUCUCGUGCUGUGCCCCAGCCAGGCCGAGCUGGGCAGCUGGCUCUACCGCCUGGAAAAGCAGAUGGCCCUUGUAGGAGCGAGGCACUGCCACGCAGCACCCCCACAGGGGCCCCCUGAAGACGAGCUUCCUGGGACUCUACAGCACAGGCUGAGCCGGCUACGCACAGUGUUGGGGCGCCCAGCGGUGGGCAGCGCCAUCUGCGCCUCCAGGGUCAAGCUGCAGCAUCUGCCUUCACAGGAACAGUGGGACCGGCUCCUCAUCCUGUACCCAACUUCCCUGGCCAUUUUCUCUGAGGAAGCAGAUGGGCUUUGCUUUAAGGGGGAGCUCCCACUCGGUGCUGUCCACAUCGACCUGGAGGAGGAGGAGAAGCAGGUCCACUCUUUCCUGAUUGAAGGCCGUCUCAUCAAUACCAUCCGUGUGGUGUGUGCCAGCUACGAGGACUACAGCCUCUGGCUGCUCUGCCUGCAGGCUGUCUCCUGCAGGGAUGGAGCCCCCCGACUGCUGGGCCCUGAGAGCUUCCUGGGGCCUCGGCGGCCCACCCAGGUCAUGAGUGGCGGCCAAGGCUCACUAACCUCAGAUGGACGAACCAGCUGGGACUCGGAGUACCUGGCACCCCCCUCCACCCAUACCAGCCAUUCCCUCCCUGGGUCCUCAAUGGUGUUCACCACAGGCUGCCCUGCCCAGCCUGCACACGGUCACGCCAAUCCCGGCUGUACCAGCAGCAGUGGGCCGAGAGCAGCGCUGAGACGGGGCGGCAGUAGUCGGUCGCCUAGGAGCAAGGCUCGUUUUGAGGGGCCUGGCCCGGGCACCCCGCUGCACCUGGACCUGACCAAGCUGAGCAGACUGGGCCUGGAGGGCGAACCCAAGGCCCCAGACCACUCUCUGGAGAUGCCCCACUCUCCACUCUAUGCGGAUCCCUACACACCACCUGCCACCUCCCACCACAGAAUCACAGAUGUCCGGGGCCUGGAUGAGUUCCUCAGUGCAGCGCAGAGCCCACCUGGACCUGAGCCCUUGAGCCCGGUGCCCUCCGUCCCCGUGCCUAUGCCUGUCUCUGGACUCUCCGGCCCGCGCUUGCUGUCCGAGAAGGGAGCCCUGCAGCCCCAAGCCUCUAGGGGGUGCCGAGGCCCUGGCAAGGGCCAGGGGCCCCCAGACUCCCCUCAGCGUGUCCCCUCUGCCAGGGAAGUUCCGCCCAGCCCUCUGCCACCUCCCCCAGACAGCCAUCCCCCCAGGAGCUACGACAACCUCUGGGAAAAGACUCCAUCUCCCUCCCACCAGUGGAGGCCCCGCAGAGCCCCGGAGGCUGAGAUGGGGCUCAUCCAGUGGAUCUGACAGCCCCCCAGGCUGGCUGCGUCUUGGGACCAGCUUCAACCCUGGAGAGGUGUUCCCAGCAGGGUCUGGGUCUUUCUUUGUAGGGCCACAGGCUCACUGGCCCCCACCCCUGUCCAACACCGGGUCAGGGCCUUGCCCCAGCAGGGUAGGGGGAGGCUCCAGAACCCUGAAUUUCCCUGGGUUCUGGAGGGGCCGAGAGGAGGGCCUCAUUCUGAGUGUGCUCUGCCAGUGUGGCUGGGCACCCAGAAGACCAAGCCUCAGCCCGCCUUCCAGGCAAGGAACGAAGGAGGGGACCUGAUGGGGGCUUCAGCUGGGAGUGCAAGGAUGGCACGGGUGCGAAUGUCAGAGGGCUGCAAAAGUCAUGACAGCGAGGGUCAGAGUAUGUGAGGUCAGAGGGCCUGAGGGUUAGAGGUCAGCAAGAUCUGAGCCUUCACACGCAGAGAGGAGGUACCUGGGGCGUGUGAGGAGAGGGAUGGACUGGUCAGGAGGAGCUGACAAGAGACUAAACAAAAACGAAAGAGAAGGAGAUUUUAUUGGUGCCGUGUCCACACAUUCUCACCCGGCCACCAGGAGUACCCCACCAUCCUGGGACCCCUGUGCAUCUGCCUGAGGCCGCAUGCCCACCCAGCACCCAGCCUGGUGUGCCGCCCCCCCACCUUCCUGCCCCUGCUUUAGCUCCUCUCAGCCCUGGGACAACCCCAGGUGUCCAGUCCCUUCACCUGAUGCCAGGGCUCCCCAGAGGAGGGGCUCCAGGCUCGGCCCUACUGACUCCCACCCUGCAGGGACCACUGGGCCACCUUCCUGCAGGCCCCUGUAGGUACCUGCUCAUUGUAUCAGGUAGGCUCCAAGGAGGUCUUGCUACAGGCCUUUGGGGUUCAGGAGGUCAGAGAGGCCUCAGAGGUCCUCACUAGCCCAGCCCACUUGUAAAUAGGGCAGAGUCCCUGGGAUACCCCCACCCCAACCUCAUCGCCCUUGCCACACGCCAGCCUCCAGCUGGGGUCUCACUGCUGCUCUGAUCCUCUAAUUAGUGCACAGUCCUGCCCCUCACCCCCAACUAGAGAACCAGAUAAAAUAUAGGAUACCCAGUUAAAUCUGAUUUCAGAUAAACCACAGAUAAUUUCUUAGCGUAAGUAUGUCUCAAAUGCUGUGUGUCUGAAAUUCAAGUUUCACUGGAUGCCCCAACUCUUUAUUCGCUGAUCUGGCUGCCUUACUAACCGGCUGCCCGCUCGCCCUACUCAUCCAGCCUCCCAGGUGUGGAGCACAGGCCUGGCCUCAGCCGCUGGCCAAGCCUUUGGGCGGAGUCUGUGGAGCCCGGACCAAGGACACUGGCUCCUUCCUACAUCUGUAGAACACAGGGGUCAAAGGGCAAGGCCUGAGGACAGUGCCUCGUCGUGAGCGCCUGUGGCCAUUUCCUUGUCCCGUGCCGUCCUGGUCCAAGCCUGGGUCCUAGGAGCUGGGGCUGUGGCUUCAGCGCCCCUGCCCUGCCUGCCGGCGGAAGUAGUGGAUGGCGGAGACGGUGCCGACGUUGGCCAGCAGCACUGCAAGGAGCACAGGGCUUCCUGAGUGCGGCUCCCCUCGCCUGGCCACCGCCUCUGCCACGGGGCCCGGCCCCUUCAGCAGGGCUGGGUGGGUCAGGAAUGGGAGGGGUGAGGUCCGGGGAGAGACCUGUGCGUCCAUGUACCCCUCAUCCCUGUGGGCUCCAGCCCCUCCUCCCCCAGGCCCCCCAAACCUGUUUUCCAGGCGUCUGGGGUAUGCAGAUCUGAGGUUCUCACAGCCCAAGUGGCAAAGGCCACAAACAUCAGGCACAUGUCAUUCUGGUUGAAGGUAAACGCGGCAAGGGGGUCCUGAGGCUCCCCUAGGAAGGAGAAGCAAACCCUGACUCCAGCUGUUCUGUGCAGACCCAUCCAUCCCAGGACACGCCUGCCUCAGGAAACAUCUAUCCUGGCGCACACGUGUCCUGGAGCCAGUCCAUGUGGGGACAUGUCUGUCCUGGGGCACGUCUGUCCUGGCACUUGUCUGCUCCAGGACACACUGUCUGAGUCACAUCCUCCCUGUGAACUAUGCCAGACGCACAGCAGUGUGCGGCACAGUCAAGGUGCCUCUGUGACACAUCUCCUAGUGUGCAAAAUAGCUCCCAAAGGGAAUGUGAGGUGAAGUCUAUGAGCACCUGAGGGAGAGCCACCCUGGCGCCUGCUCUGCUAGAGGCUGGGGGCAGGGUGCUGCUGUCAUCCGGGCCUCAGCACAGGGUGACGGUCAGGGCUGAACCCAGCCCCUAGUGGCCCUGGUGCCUGGCCUGGGCUGUCCCACCUGGACUGUGUCCUGGGAAGGCUGGGAGCUGGUCCUUCUUCCCAGAUCGCCCCUGACGCCUCCCCACCAGCUCAUGACUCGGGUCCUGGCCUGCCUCGCCCCAGGGGCUCUUCUGGCUGAGCUCCCUGGACACUGUGUUCCCAGCACCUGGCAGGCCCUGGGGCCCACACAACACCUACCUGCUUGCCUGGCCACCAGACGGAGCUGCUGUGCUGCGCCUGGGCUGGGCUCUGAUAGGGUGCCUGGUCCCACUCCCCGGGGGACUGGCCUGGGGGCCUCCGUGGCCCGCAGCUGGAGAAAGUCAGCUAGCCCCCGCAUGUCCGCUGACCUGUCCUCCCCAAGGAAGUGUUCAUAGGCCUCAGGGAUGGAGAUGGGCAUCAGGUCUCCAGGUAGAGGGGCUAGCACAGGCGCAGCUUGUGGGGGUGGGACUGCAGAGAGGCCACCCCGGUGUCCCGGCCUCUGGGCUCUGCAGUCCUGGAAGAAGAACUCACACAUGUCUGGCCACUGGACUUCGGCUGGGGCCUGGCCAGCCUCUGACACCUCCUCCACAUCUUCGUCCUCCUCCUCAAUAGUGUCACAGAAAAAGAACUCAUAGGCCUCUGGGAGGGUCACUGCAAAGCAGCUCCUGGGUCCAGGCCCUCCGGAGGCAGAGGGGGCAGGGGGAGGCAGGUGCUUGAGGAUCCGAGGCUGAGGAAUGCGGGGCCCAACUGCCAUGGCGUCCCAGCCUCCAGGUCCCCCGCGGGCCCCAGCUGCUGUCCUGGGGGCCGAGGGCCGGGCUGUGGCUAGUGAGGGUGGGCCCAGGGCCUCUCCUGAGCCCGGCUCCUGGGGGCUGGGCACAGCCGUGGAGAAUCGCACUUUUUUCUUUUUGGGGGCUUGGACAGGGCCCAGAGGGGUCUCCCCCAAGUGGUGUCCAGGAACCCCUGAUGUAGGCUUCCCUCGGAGCCCCCCUGGAGACACAGCUGGGCUCAAACCUGGCCCUGCUGUUGACACAACAUCCAUCGCCACCAAACGAGGCCCAGCCUGGUCGGCGGCAGGUCCGGGCACGUGCACGUCAGUCUGGGCCUUGGGAGCAAGGUGAGGUGGAGCUGCACAUGGUGUAGCCUUUGAGACAGGUGUAGGUGAGUCCACUUCCGGCUUGACCAUUAGGUCCAGGGUAGAGAGGUCCAGAUCCAGUCUAGGCUUGGAGGCGGGUGUAGACAGAGCCACAUCUGACUUAGCCAUCAGGACAUCUGGACCAGCCUCCUGGGCAGGUUUAGACACAGUAUGUAGCUCAGCUCUGAGGGGCACUCUGAGCGGGUCCGUCCCUUGUCCCAUUGUCAGGACAGGUGGUGAUAGAUCCAAACCUGGCUCCUGCCUGGUCACCUGCUCAAAGGCUCCUGCAGAUUCUGGCCCCAGUUCAUCCUGCCCGGCUCCUGCUGUCUGCUGCUCUGUCUCAGCUGAGAGACCCUUCCCCUCGGACCCAGCCAGGCCAGGGCCCCCCUCGGGUCUGGUUUCAGAGAGCAGUGGGGAGCCCAGCUGGGCGGGAGCAGAGCCUGGGGUACUUGGGCGCCCACCCCCCUUGGUGCCCGCAGCACGCCUCUUCUUUCGGCUGAGGCUGCGUGGAGGGGCUCCAGGGCUACCAAGGGGUCUCUGGGGGACAUCCCUGCAGCCAGAGGACUCGAGGCUCGGAGGAGGCCCACCAGGGGGGCUAGGUGCAGGGCUCUGGGGGUCUGGCCCCUGCAGAAGCCUCUGCAUAUCGUCUCUGGAAGACGCGGGCCCUAGGAGAGAUGAGCUCUGGCUGGAAGGAGCGGCACCAGAGCUGAGGGACGACAGAGCUUCUGACCGUGUGGACGUGCUGGGUGUCUGCUGACCAGCCCCUGCGGCCAAGCUGGGCUCAUGCCAAGACCUGCUGACCAGCCGCCGGGUAGCUGCCUUGUCCUCCUCCUCGAGGCUGGGCCAGCCCCUCCCCCCGGGGGCCUGCUGUCCCUGGAGAAGGGUCAGGGGCCCUUGAGGACCGCUGCCACGGCUGUCCCCCUGGUCAGUGUCGCUGGGCACGAGCUCGUCCCCGGAGGCCAGGCCGGCCUGCAGGAGGCCACACUCUUCGCUGGUGGCUGAGAACUCGGCCCAGUCCCGGUCGCUCAGCUGGAUGCUGUACUGGAAGUUUUCCAUUUCGGGUCAGCGGCACUUGGGCAGAAGGGCCCACAGCCUGGGGGGGUCGUCACGGACCCAGGCCCUCAGCACUGGCAGGCACCCGCUGCCAGUGCCGUGCCUGCCCUGUGGGUGCCCCCAGCCUCCUUGGCCCAGGGGCCAGCACUCCAUUUCUGUCCUGAAAGAAAACAGACCAGGGUCCCCAGAGAGGCUGUGCUGCUUUCAAAUCUGGUUAGAAAACCCUCAGCUCCCGCUUUCCUUGUUUCUGGGCUGACCCCAAAUGAUACCUUGUGAAGUACACUAAAAAAAUAAAAUUCUUCAUGUUUGGA